AAACAAAAAAAAAACACUUAAAAGCUCAUUUUCUCUCACUUUCUCUCUCAGCUUACGAACAAGAAAAAAAGAAGAAUCUUUAGUCACCUUUGAGAUCAAAAGAUGAACAUCGCUCACACCAUCUUCGGCGUUUUCGGAAAUGCAACUGCUCUGUUUCUGUUCUUGGCUCCUUCGAUAACAUUCAAGAGAAUCAUCAAGAACAAAUCCACCGAACAGUUCUCUGGUAUCCCUUACCCAAUGACUCUCCUCAACUGUCUCCUCUCCGCUUGGUAUGGACUUCCCUUUGUGUCAAAAGACAACACACUUGUGAGCACAAUCAAUGGAACAGGAGCAGUGAUUGAAACAAUCUACGUGUUGAUCUUUCUCUUCUACGCACCAAAGAAGGAGAAAGUUAAGAUCUUUGGUAUCUUCUCUUGCGUUUUGGCCGUAUUCGCAACAGUAGCUCUCGUCUCUCUCUUUGCUCUCCAUGGAAAUGGUAGAAAACUCUUCUGUGGUCUCGCAGCUACUGUUUUCUCCAUCAUCAUGUACGCUUCUCCACUCUCCAUCAUGAGAUUGGUGAUAAAGACGAAGAGUGUAGAGUUUAUGCCAUUCUUUUUGUCACUCUUUGUCUUCCUCUGUGGUACUUCGUGGUUCGUUUAUGGUCUAAUCGGUCGUGACCCUUUUGUUGCAAUCCCAAAUGGGUUUGGAUGUGCAUUAGGGACACUGCAAUUGAUACUAUACUUCAUCUACUGUGGAAACAAAGGAGAGAAAUCUGCAGAUGCUGAGAAAGAUGUGAAGUCGGUGGAGAUGAAAGAUGAUGAGAAGAAGCAGAAUGUGGUUAAUGGGAAGCAAGACCUUCAAGUUUAAAGCUUUUGAGGAUGAUUUGGUUAUGUGAUUUCGUAUUAACUCUUCUUAAUUAGAGUUUUUCUUUUCGUUUUGUUGGAAUGUAAAAAAAAUGAUGCUGAAAA